AUGCAGCCUCUUCGCAGCCAACUAAAUAAAAGCCUAAGCUCACUAUACUUCCCCCAAAGCCCAAAUAGAAAAAACACGUCUCAACCAUCUGGAGGCUUUGUCCUAGAGUGGGAAAAUCAACCAACUCUUACUGAGUCUCCAACCAAGCACAAUAUUCUUCCUGAUGGUGGUACUACCUCGUACCAUCCCUUAUCUAGUGACAAACAAUUUAGCAAAGGGUCUUCGUCUACAAUUAACAAACUUGAUGCAACCGUACCAUUGGAAAAGGAGACCAUUCCCCAAACUAAGAAUGACCCGAAGAUACAUCAAGGGACCAAGAAGGCUAGUGAUGAUGAAGGAAAGAAGGAUGAUAGCCCUAGUGACUCUUCACCAAAAAAUAUUAAAUUUGUUGAUGAUCUUCUUGAUGAUGAGGAACCUCUUACUGAUGAUGAAAUUGCACAAUUCUUCGUUGAAGAUGAAGAAGUAGUAGCAGAAGAAGAAGAAGAAGAAGAAGAAGAAGAAGAAGAAACUCAAGAAGAAGAAUACAAGGAAAUUCACACUAUGCUAGCUCCCAAGAUAAAAUUACUUAUGCAAAUCAAAAAAAUCAAAGCAAUACCUCAACAGAGCUCUCUCAAGAAACACUGGAUGCUUUGA